AUGCUCGUGAUGCCUUUCCUCGCCUUCAAAAAGCAGAAGCGCAUCUUCAAGUCCGUCAAGUCGUGGCGCGACGAUGCGCUGGCCUCGGGCCUGCUCAUCCGCUUCGCCUGGGUCGAGGGCGGCACUGGCAAGGUCGUGGACGGCGCGCUCGAUGGCACGAUUGUCACUGCGCAGGGCAAGGUCGCCAUCUUCAUCAGCCACACCUGGUGGGACCGCGCCUUUGUGGAUGAUACGAACGACCCGAACAACCCGUAUGACAAGGGGGCGCCCGACUACCAGGGCGGCGAGAAGAAGAACCUCAAGUGGCGGACCAUCGUCGCGGGCGUGGAGGCGCUCAUCGCCGACAAGGGGCUGCGGGCGGAGGACGUCGUGCUGUGGUGCGACUGGCAGUCGAUCUACCAGGACGACGAGACGGAGAAGCUCAAGGGCGUCAUGAGCUUGAUCAAGUACGCCACGCUUUGCAAUUACAUGCUCGUCCCGACCGAGGAAAUGGAGCUGAAGCACGACGCGGCGAAGUACCCGGAAGACAUCCCGCAGUACGGCCGCCGUGGCUGGUGUCGUUGCGAGUACUUUGUCUUCUCGCUGUGGGCCGAGAUGCUGGGCCGCGAGGUGCCGUUGUACGCGAUCAAGGCGGGCGGCGGCUUGCACCAGUACCCGGCGGUGAAGGUGCUGGGCGAGAAGUACAUGCCGAGCGGCGGCGACCUGUCCAACCCCAACGACAAGAAGAGCAUCGUGGGGUUGGAGGACACGAUGAUCGAGGCGUAUGGGAAGGCGGUCGUCCUCUACGCCUGCAAGGCCGGCACGACGGUCGAUCUGCAAGACAAGAUGAUUCGCGCCGUGCACGUCGAGGCGCUCGGCGACGCCGUGGAGGCGUACAAGGUCGUGUCUCUUUCCCUACGCACCAACCAGCUCGGCUUCGAUGGAGCUGCGGCCCUCGCGAAGGUCCUCGUGGCAAACACGUUCCUGACGGAACUGGACGUGCGCAACAACGACAUCUCGGGCGACGGCGCUUCGCAGCUCUCGGCCACUGUCCUUUCCAACCCCAAGAUCGAGAAGUUCAACGAGAUCCCCGUCAAGGAGAUGCGCGCCGCGUCGCUCACCACGCUCGAACUGGUGAACAAGGGCAUCGGCGUCGUGGGCGGCUUCGUCGUUGCGGGUCUGAUGCCCGUCAUGGCCUCGCUGAAGUCGCUCUAUCUGAGCGACAAUGCGCUGUGCGGCGCAACGAAGUUUGGCGAAGGCACGUACGAUGCGACUGGCAUCAAGGCUAUCGCAGACGCCUUGCGCGACAGUGCCUCGACGCUGACGAGCCUCAACCUCGCGGACAACUAUCUCGCUGACGAGGGCGCAAAAGCGCUCGCACCAGCCAUCGCGGCCAGCACGUCCUUGACCACCCUCGUCAUCCACUCAAAUCAAAUUGGGGAUGAGGGUGCCAAAGCACUCGCGCCAGCGAUUGCUGCGAGCGCCUCCUUGACGGCAGCAAAUUUGCUGCGGAACGACUUCGACGUGGACGCUGCCUCCAUGCUCCUCAAGGCCAAGCAGGAGCACCCCACGCUGACCACUCUGUGCGGUUUCAAGGGCGACGAGACCCGCCUCAACUUCUCUCGCCAGAGCCUCCGCCCAGCGGAUGCGAUGCUGAUCGCGCCUGAGAUCAGCGUCAUGGCCUCGCUAACGGCGGCCAAUUUGCUCUGCAACAAUCUCGACAAGGAGUCGGCCACCAUGCUCGCUACGGUUGCCAAGGAGAAGAAGAUCUCGCUCUGUGGCAUCGGACUGGAGCAGACCAGCGCCGACUUCCGCGGCCAGGGCUUGGAGCCGAACGAUUCCAUUCUGAUCGCCUCUGAUCUUGGUGUCCGGGCCUCCCUAACGAAGCUCAACGUCCGCUACAACUACAACCUCGGCGAAGAGGGCAAGGCGGCCAUCAAGGAGGCCGAUGGAUUGAAAAACAUUCGAACAAAGAAGAGGCGACGGGAGGAACCGGCGGAGGAUGCAAGUCUCGACUUGCGAAGCUGGACCGGACCUCAGAACCAGAAGCUGACGCUGAAGGCUGGCGUCAGGCUCCGCACGUGGUGCCAGCACCCCGCGGGUAUGAAGAGGCCCUCGCCCGGCCCGAGCACCACCGCCGCGCAGCGCGCGCGCGCGAACUCGGGAAAGCGGCGCAGGUCGGGCUGCUCCACGUCGACCUGUACUUUUUACUAA